GAAUUUUUUUUUCUUAAAUCAUCAAUAGUCUCCUAACAUCUGUUUCAUAACAAUGGCAGCCAAAAUCAGGCUAAUAGUCUCAGUAAUGAUGUUUCUACUUGUUGGUGCAAUAACUCUGAGAAAUGCAGGAUGUGAGAGCAUAGCACCAAGCUCUCUGGGCAGUCAUUCCAAUUUUCUGAAGGCAUUUUAUAAGGAGAGAGGAAGAAAAACAAAGGCUUGGUGUGCUGAUGAUCCAGGGGUAUGUCCCAAUUCUGCAAAUGCUCGUGGGUAUUCAAAUGGUAACUGGGUCUGCUGCUCCAAGAGGUAUUGCAUUGAUGUAUCUUCUGACCCACUUAACUGUGGAUCAUGUGGCCAGGCUUGUGGUUAUGACUUAGGUUGCUGUGGAGGAAAGUGCACAAACCUUUUCAAUGACAAUGCUAACUGUGGAAGUUGUUUCAAUGAUUGCCAUCAGGAGAAUUGCUCAUUUGGUAUCUGUGGAUAUGGUUAUGGAUAUGGCUAUGGCAAUUCCAAUCAUUAAGAUUAUUCAUUUCUAGGUAUGUGGUCAGUCUCUAGUAAAAUUAAAUUUGAGUUGUUUGCAGGAGAAUAAACAGAAGCCCAGAUUUUGGAUAGUCAGACUCCUGCUGUCUAGAGCAAUAUUACUACAAUGGUCAAUAAAUAACUUGAGGGCCAAACUUUUCAUUCUGUAAAAUGUACCAUCAGUUUGUAAUACCUUCAAGUUCUAAGUAGUAAUUAUUAUUGAAAAUCUAAAUAUUGUAUUUGUAUUAAGAAGUAACGUAUAUGUAGCAAGCUUAUGAGAGCUUCAAAGAGUUGGAUUAUUAUUCUUGAUAAGCAUAUUGUAUUUCUUAGUCCUUGAGCGAAUCUAACGCAAAAUGUCUGAUUUUGGAAAGUCGGUAUGUUUUGCGCUAUCUUCAACAAAGAUAAUGAUAAAUAUAUUUAUACCUUCUAAGUUUUCA